AUGUUAUUGAGAAAUGAGGACGUGAGAAGGUCAUCGGAAGCUUCUCGAGCUUUUCGUCGUCGUAAACAGCAGUCCGACCAUCAUUCUGUUCUGGAGGAAUGGAGGAAGGAAUUUCAGAACGCCACGCGAGUCAAGGAAGGCGAGACCACGUGCGGUGGACCCGAGAUCCACGUGCUCGAUCGCGCCACGGUCUCGACCUGGAUUUUUCUUUCAUCUUCAACCUUGACUGGGUACCUUCUGCCCCCCCCCUUUCUCUCUAGGGCCCCGUAUAACCUCCCAAGGUUCUCAUUUUUGUCAUUUCCCCUUUUUAAACUACUUCAUAUCCCUUUUGAUGGCGCAGACUCUACCUCAGAUCUAAGCUUGGUUUCGUCGGACGGGAUGAAGUUCUUUAUUCAUGAAGCUAUCCUCUCCUAUGUUUCGCAGUUUUUCAAAGACAUGUUCACACUGCCCCAAGCUACUCCCGGAGAGUCCUCCAUUUCGAUGGCUGAGGAUAGCAAAACCGUCGACAAAAUCCUCCGUUCUGUUAUCCCUUUGACAGAACUUUCUCAGGUCGUUAUGGUUAUGAUAAAAAAAUUCCUCAUGGAUGAUGUUGCUAAGAAGGCUCGGGAUCAACUCCUCUCGCACACGGAAUCAGAGCCGUUGCGCGUCUUCGCUAUCGUCUACGCCAUCCAAUGGAGCCGAGAGGCCAAUGAUGCGGCAAAUGCGGCCCUGGCGGUCGGCAGCACCAUAUUCUAUGUAUACAACAUACCGGAACUUGAUUUUGUUCCUGGAACAGUUCUCUACGACCUCUUCGAAGUUCAGGACAGACGUCACCAGUCUCUACAGGAUUCUGCAAAUCCAGAGACUUAUUCGCACGCCUUCAGGACUAUUUUUCUGGUCGUUGCAACAUACACGAUGUCCCUUCUCGUCGAUUAUCCGAUCAGCCUAGAGCUCGAACACGCGCUCUUUGAACCGUCCUUGAGUGUCGCUAUUGUUCUGAAGGAUAUGUCUCAAAGGUAA